AUGUCGACCACCGACGGCCAGAAGAAGGCGCCGCCGGCGGCGCUGUCCGCGGCCGGUCACGACGCGGAGACCAGGAAGCUGUUCUCCCGCUUCGACGCGGACGGCGACGGCCGGAUCUCCCCGUCCGAGCUGGCCGCGGUGGCGGGCGCCAUAUCGCCGCCGCCGAGCGAGUCCGCGGGGGGCCGGGAGGUGGGCGCGAUGAUGGACGAGCUCGACGCCGACCGGAACGGGUACGUGGACCUCGGCGAGUUCACGGCCUUCCACGCGCCCGGCGGCCGCGACCUGGACGCCGAGCUGCGCGACGCCUUCAACGUCUACGACAUCAACGGCGACGGCCGCAUCUCCGUCGCCGAGCUCAGCAAGGUCCUGGGCCGGAUCGGCGAGGGGUGCAGCACCGAGGAGUGCGAGCGGAUGAUCGCCUCCGUCGGCGUCGACGGCGAGGGCUACGUCGGAUUCCAGGAGUUCAAGAAGAUGAUGUCCCCUGACGCCGCCGGCGUCACCGACGACAAGCCCAAGACGGAGUGAUCCGUUCCUCGCCUGUGCCGAUGAUCACGGUCGCAAAUGGAAGUGUAUGCCAGUGUGGAUCUUCCAUAUUAUGUCGA